UGGCUGCUAAAGAUGGUAGCUGACAGAGUCGUGCUACGCAUGUAGCCUUCAAGCGAUAUAUUAUUCUCUUAAUAAACUAAAUACAAUAUCCACAGGUCAACUUUGUUUUGACGUAAAGGAUCAUUAGCUGAAACUGAAGAGAUAUGGGUAGCUAGCUAUUUAUCUUUUCCAUGUUUGAAAAAAACGGUGGGCAGACGCUUGGUAGCUACCUAACGUUAGCUGUUUUCUACAAGGUACCUGCAGGACAACAUGAGUGGAGAGAGGGAAACAUUGUUGGAUGAAAUCGAACAGAGUUUAUUUACUCUAACUAAGGACAAUAUACUUUACCUGUGUGAACGUUGUGGAAUUGAUGGCUCCCAAGUUAAAGGAAAGCACCAUCGCUCAUUGCGACGUAAAAUCAUGGAGGAAAUGUGGGUAAAUGCAGAUUCAGUCAAUUCGGAGGAGCAUGGAAUGUCUUGGUUACUCCAACUGAAAGAUGACAUCAGAAAGAUACAUAUAGAAUCUACUGUGGCACCCAUGAGUCCCAGCCAGUCUGAUGAUGACGAUGCUACAACCUGCGGCGAGGAAUGGGACAUGCAGGACAAGGAUUGGUUUCCUAGCAACGGGCUGGAGGCGGAGUCAUCUCCAGAGAGCCACACCCCAGAGCAGAGGGAGAGUGGUGACAAGCCUACUUCGCCACCUUCCUCCCUCCAGUCCUUGGGUUGUACCUCUCCCAGGAGUGCCUUAUUUCGGGGUCUGAAGAGGGCGUCUGUGUGGCUGGACGACUGCAGGAAAACACCCGGGCUGAGUGGAACUGUGAGAGAAGGAGAUGAAGAGGAAGAGGGAGAUUUGACUGAUCAAAGAGAGAGACAUGACUAUCCUGGAUCCUCUGGGGCGCCUCAACAACAUCCUGAUGCUGACAAGGCAGAGAAAAGUCUCUCCAGAUCAGAACACCUUGAGAAACAUGAAUGGAGACCCACAGGGAUGAAACAUCACCGCUGCUCUGACUGUAAGAAGAGUUGCAAAUCUUCAUCAGAACUAAAAAAACACCAGAGAAUCCAUACAGGAGAGAAGCCUUAUAGCUGUUCCCAGUGUAGGAAAAGUUUUGCUCAGUUACAAGAACUGAAAGUACACCAGAGAACACACACAGGAGAAAAGCCUUAUAACUGUGAUCAAUGUAGAAAGAGUUUUUGUUAUUCAAGCCAGUUUAAAGUACACCUGCAGAGACACACAGGCGAGAAGCCUUAUAGCUGUUCAGACUGUGGCAUAAGCGUUUGUACCUCAAGUCAGCUGUUAUUGCACAAGCGAACCCACACAGAAGAGAAGCCUUACAGCUGCUUACUGUGUGAGAAAAGAUUUUCGUCAAAAUAUAGUCUGAAAUUACACCAGCGGGUCCACACUGGAGAAACAAAUUAUGACUGCGAUCAGUGUGAGGAGAGUUUCACCUCGUCGGCAGACCUCAGAACUCACCAGAGAAUCCACACCGGAGGGAAACCUCACCUCUGCUCCCAGUGCGGGAAGCGCUUCCGCCAACGAUCGGGCUUGAAAAGCCACGAGAGAAUUCACACAGGAGAGAAACCUUUCCAGUGCUCCCACUGUGGGAAGACAUUCAGCCACAGGGCCACGUUUAAAGCACACCAGCGGACUCACACUGGAGAGAAGCCUUACCAAUGCUCCCAGUGCAGGAGGAGUUUCUCCCAAAUGGGCCACCUGAAAGUACACCAACAGACGCAUGCUAAAGUGAGGUCUCACCUCUGCCCGCAGUGUGGUAAGGGCUACUACUCUCUAGACAUCUACAAUGCACACAUGAGAACACACAACGGGGAGAAGACUCACCACUGCGCCGACUGUCCCAAGAACUUCCUCACCCUGACUCAGCUCAAAACACACCAGCGGACACACACAGGAGAGAAACCGUACGUCUGCGACCAGUGUGGGAAGAGCUUUGCCGAAUCGGGAAGCCUGACUCUACACCAGCGCUCGCACACCGGGGAAAAACCUUACCACUGCUCUGAGUGCGGGAAGAGCUUUGCUCGCUCCGGGGCACUGAAGAAGCACCAGCUUACACACACUGGGGAGAAGCCUUACAGCUGUGGUCAGUGUGGGAAGAGGUUUCCCAGGUCAGAUACUCUGGCUACACACAUGAGAACACAUACAGGAGAGAAGCCCUAUAGGUGUGAUCCAUGUGGUGAGAGGUUCUCCUAUCAUAGGUGCCUGGUGAAACACAUGAAAACACAUGUAGGAGAUACACCAGCCCUCGAGCGACCAAUCACCCUAGCCCUCGGGGUUGAAUGACCUAUCCAUCAACCAAUCACACCAGGCCUAGGGUAAAAUAUGAACAGCAUGGUAGCAAUUGAAAGAAAAACGUUGAGGGCACAACAGUUCACCUGACACAAGACUGAAUCCAAAUAUUACUGUUGAUUUGAUAUUUUCUGUACUUUAGGCCACAUUGAUAACAUGUUACUGAACAGCCAUUGCGUUCCAAUUUCAACCUGUAUACGGGUAUGAGUGUAAAGGGUUAAUGGCAUAUAAUAAUAUUGUUAGUAUUAUUAUUCUAUAUUGUUAUUAUUAUGGGUUCGUUGCUGAGUGUUGUAUUUGUGCUAUAUUUCUUGAAAUGAUUUCAGAAUGUGUUGACCCUGAUUUGUUAGAUACUCCCCCGCUCCCAGCAUUUACAAGCUGAAUUGUUAUGUUGUUGACUUGAUUAUACAUUUAGGAUGUUUCUAAAUAUCUGUUUUAUACCAGGUUCUGACAUGCAUCCUUUUGUCCUGAUCUUGUCCACAUUCUGAUUGUGACCACAUUUUAAGACGGGUGUAAACAAUCAAAGGACACCAUUGCGAUCGGAUCUUCCUGCCUACCCCCGGAGGUAUUCAAGCACACAUUGUGCUGUUGGAUCUGGACAGUGGAACCAUUUUUAAAACAUCAUAAUUAUUCCGACCUUCUAAAAUCAUUGACCGGUGUCAGCAUUGACUUAUAGCAUCAAUGUGUCAAAUAACUCAAGUAGGCAGCAUCGAUGUGUUUUAAAAUAUUAUUAUGAAAGAGUACCUGUCAAAUAACUUGCAUUCAGGUAGGGGCCAGGAAAUCUGGUCAGAAUGUGGACACAGUGGACGGAUAAGAGACACAUUUUAAUACCAUGUGUAGACGUAUGUCUGAAAAUGUGGGCACAAUCAGAGUUAUAUUAGAACCAAGUAUACAACAAAUCUGUGUCGUAGUCCCAAAUGCCACCCUGUUCACUAGGACGUACACUACUGUUCAAAAGUUUGUGGUCACUUAGAAAUGUCCUUGUUUUUGUCCAUUUUUAAAAU